CAUCUCUCUCUCUCUAUUAACAACACAACACAAAAUCUCUCUCAUUUUCUUUCUCUCCCAACACAACCAUGGCUUCACCAACACUCAUUACUCCCACAACCACACCAAAAUCACUCCCACCACCCAUCAAAACCAAACCAACCACCACCUCCUCCACCUUAACACCAACCACCACUUCCACCACCGUACACACACGCCGCCGUCAAAUCCUCUCCACCACAGCCACUAUCAUCACCACCACAUUUCUUGCUCAUGUUACCCCUGCAUUUGCUGCUACAGAUGAAGAGUAUGUUAAAGAAACAGAGGAAGUUAUAAGCAAGGUUAGAACAACUAUAACAAUGGAUAAAAAUGAUCCAAAUGUAGCUAAUGCAGUUUCUGAUUUAAGAGAUAGUUCAAAUUCUUGGGUUGCUAAAUAUAGAAGAGAAAAAGCACUUCUUGCAAGAGCUUCUUUUAGAGAUAUGUACUCUGCUCUUAAUGCUGUUUCAGGACAUUAUAUUAGUUUUGGACCAACUGCUCCUAUUCCUGCAAAAAGAAGAGUGAGGAUUUUGGAAGAAAUUGAAGUUGCUGAAAAAUCACUUAAAAGGGGAAGAUAAGGAAGAAGAAGAAGAUGAAAUAAGCACUUCUGUAUUUAGAGGAAAUGAAUUUUGGUUUUCAUUCCUCUGUUUUCUGUUAUUAGAUUCUUAUUGUUUUUUCUUUUGUUGUUGAUGCUUUGUUUUUGUAUUAUUGUAUGUAUUGAAACUUAAAUUACAUUAAGAGACUCACUUAAUAAAAGGAUUAAUUAUGCAUA